AUGAAAGCCUGGUCCUACAACCACAGGGGUCCAGUCCACAAGGUCCUCCAACUCUCUUCCCUGCCAACCCCGCACCUCCCCCAGGACUCUCCCAACAUCCUCGUCCGCAUCACGCACGCCUCCCUAACCCCCUCCAUCGCGCACCUCAUGCCCAUCCUCCCCUUCCUCCGCUCCUCGCGCCCCUUCAUCCCCGAACUCUCCUUCACCGGCACCAUCGCCGCCGCGACCCCCACGACGCCGCCGCACCUCUCCACCCCGGGCACCCGCGUCUUCGGCAUCAUCCCAAUCUCAGCGCAGCUGCUCCACGGCGCCGGCGCGCUGGCCGAGUACGUCGUGACGACACCAACCUCGGUCAGCGUCUGCCCGGCCGACCUCGCGCCCGAGGACGCGGCCGGGCUGGACGGCAACGGGCAGACGGCGCUGCUCAUGUGCCGCAACGCAAACGUGCGGGCCGGCAGUCGUGUAUUCGUCAACGGCGCGACGGGCGGCGUGGGCACCGUCGUCGUGCAAAUGGCCAAGCGCGUGUUCGGCGCCGCCGAGGUCGUGGCGACCGGGUCGGGCGAGGAAGGCUUCGCGCUGGCCAAGGCUAUGGGCGCGGACAGGGUCGUGGAUUACCGCGAGUGCGGGCCGGGAGGGAUCACUGCUUGGUUGGCCGACGAGUACGGUAGGGGCGGGGAUGAGGGUAAGUUUGAUGCGGUGCUGGAUUGUGUGGGGACACAAGCGUUGUUUGAGAGCAGCCCGGAGUAUUUGAAGGAGGAUGGGGUAUUUGUGAGUGUUGGGGCCAUGGAGGGGGUGUUCACGACGUUGUUUUGGAAUCUGCCGAAGAAUCGUUGGUGGCCCAAAAUCUUGGGAGGAACGCCGAGGAAAUUCAUAUUCCAGCAGACGCCUAUAACUCCAGAACGAAGGGAGGAGUUGGUAAAACUGGUGCAGGCGGGCAACUUGAAAAGGGUUGUGGACAGUGUGUUCGAUAUGGAAGAUGCUCUCAAGGCCUACGACCGACUUCUUAGCCAAAGAGCGAAAGGGAAGGUUAUCGUGAAGAUUCAAGAUGUGUAA